ACGAAGAAGAUGUCACGGGGGAGAAGAGGGGACUCUUUCGGUAAAAUAUGGCCGCUUUACGACCUGAACCCGAAAAAGCAGCGGAUGGCCAGCUAGUUAACCGUGACUUCUCAGGAGAGCAGCGCGGAGAAGGCGAACCGAGGACCUCGACAGACGGAGCUGCGGAGCCCGAGUCCGAGCCUCAGGGCGCCGGCGUGAAAGAAGCGAGAGGACGCUGUAGCGCUACAGCUGUGCUCAAUUCAUCUCUCCAUACAAGCUGUGCACAGUCUGCAUUUAACAGCGAGCCGAAAGACCCCGCCGGGGUCGCUUCACUUCGGCCUGCGGACGGCGCUCAGAAGCUCCUGCAGGCUUCCACACAUCACAGAUCUGAGCUGGUUUGGUCUGAGGCGGAGGAGGGCUGCGAUUUGACGCCUCGUAGCAAAACAUGCAAAGAAAGCACGGGGCCCGAAUCAAGCCAAGUGAGAAAGGAUGGCCAACCUGAAGAAGAUUUGAGCUUAGAUGCUGAUACUGUGGAGCAGAAAAACUCACUGGCCCAAGACGAGGAAGAAGAAUUCACAGAUGUGAGUGUAGAAAUGGAGUGUGACGAUGAGGAAAAGGAAGGAGACGAAGAGAAGGGAGACGAAACUCCAGGAGAAGAGGAAGGAGAACCUGAAGGAGGAGAUGAGAGGAAAGAAGAAGCUGAAGAAGGAGGGGGAGAAGAGGAGGAAGAGGAGGAGGGUCGUGAGAUGGACGCUGCGGUAAAGCAAAAGAAAAGCCGCAUGGAAUGCCGCGACUGCGGCAAGAAGUUCACUCGCCGGGAGACGUACAACCUACAUCGCCACUUUCACAUGCAUCAGGAUGAGCAGGCCUCUCUCACCUGUAAAGAAUGUGGCCUCACCUUCCAGCAUCGCAGCAGCCUUAUCAAGCACCGCACUGAACACAAACGAAAUGGUGUUCCGCAUCCAGCUCUGACCUCACGAAGGCAAAGGCGAAGAGUGUUCAAAGAAGAAAUGAUUGUUGAUUGCGACCACUGCGGCGAUCGUUUUACAUCACUGAUCAGAUAUAGACUCCACGCUUGUCAGCAAAACCUGGAAAAGCCUUACCGCUGCCCCCUGUGCCGUAGGGAGUUCCAAUACAGAGUGUCUAUCAAUGCCCACAUGCAGAGCCAUUCAUUAGAUAGUCCUUACCGGUGCCUUGAGUGUAACAAGGGCUUUCAGUGUGCUGUGACGCUGCACAUUCACCAGCGUUCCCAUGCUGCCCUCAAACCUUAUGAAUGCCCUGACUGCGGUAUGGUCUUCAGGCACCGCUCAUUUAUGGAGGACCAUCGGCGUAGGCACACUGAAGAAAGGCCUCACCACUGCAAGAUAUGCGGCAAAAGCUUCAAAUAUGGCAGCCUUUUGCAACAGCAUCAGUACCUGCACACUGGCCAGAAGCCAUACCGGUGCUCAGAAUGUGGCAAAAGAUUUGCAUUUGCACAAAAUAUGCGUGCACACUGUCGCCAGCAUAAGAAAAACACGGUCUUUGCUAGUCCAGUGGAACGUAUUACAAAUCAUGAUGUGGCAUAUGGUACAGAUUUAGGAACAGUAGGUAAAGAGAACACAAACCACGAAGUUGAGAAGCAGCGCAACUGUCCACUGUGUCCUCAGCUAUUUUACAAAGCAGCUGACCUCAGAGAACACAUGUUAAUCCAUGAGGCAGAGUACGAAAAUCUGAGUAAUGGCAAAACAGCUGAUCAGGUCUAUGCCUGCCAGUAUUGUCCACUGAAAUUUUUGGAUGAACUCACCUUACAAUCCCAUAUGUUGACUCAUCAAGUUACAUCAGCGCCUUUGAAAAGGGAGGUUCUUAGCAUAGCAAGGGCAGGUAGUACUGAAAAUAUGCUAGGAGGAGGGGAAUGGGGAGACCAAACAGAGAAGAAACCUUUGAAAUGCAGGGACUGUGGAAAAUGCUUUCGCUACCGUUCGGUUUUAGAGCUCCACAUGCGCAUACACAACAAAGGAUACCAGUGCCACAUUUGUAAAAAGUCAUUCAGAUUUAGCAGCUACUUACAGCAGCACUUAAUUAUUCAUUCUGGGAAGAGGCCAUACAAGUGCCCAGACUGUGGUAAGGACUUUGCGUUUCUUCAGAACAUGAAGACUCAUCAGAGACUGCACCAACAGAAGCCUUACCGCUGCACACAGUGCCGUAAGGGAUACAGCGAUGAGAGUCAACUGCAGCGCCACAUGCUUUCUCACUCGGGUGAGAAACCUCACAAGUGCCACCUCUGUGACAAGAGUUUCGGUUUAGCGUACUUGCUUCGUGACCACCUUAACACCCACACUGGGGAGAGGCCCCACCGUUGCCAAGAGUGCCAUAAGUCAUUCCCCUGGCUCAGCAGUCUACUAGUCCAUCAAAAGAUACAUGCACGAAAGCGUCAAGCAUUGAACCAGUCUUUCUCUUCAUUUGCUGUUUCCCAGAGAGGGAGGACUAGGGGCAUUGGAGGCAGGGGCAGGAGAAAUAGUAGGUGGAUUUCAAGCUGGCCAAGGAUGGGGGGAGAUAUUGAUAGGACGAUGCCACUGCAACAGGCCACUUUUCCUGGUCAGAUUUUGCAGGGACCAGUGCUACCAAACAUGAUCGGGCACCCCUCUAUCUCUGAUGCAGAGGUGCUUGAGCGAGCACAGCAGUCGUUUCAGUCCUGGCACACAGAGAAUCAGGCCAGGACCGUUCAGUUGCAGCAACAAUGGCAAAUACACAUUAAACCUCAGAUACAGCACCAGCAGCAGCUUAAAAGGGUAUCUGACGGACCACUAAACGAUGUCAAGCAGCAGUGGCAAAUGGGAGCGCACCUGAAACCUAUCCUGCCAAAACUGGAUGGUCUGCAACAACAGCAGAAUCCUGCCUGGGCUGAUGUGGUGCUGUCAGCCCAGGCUGGGCCAGCUUCCAAGCAGCAUCUAGAGAACUGCACAACACAAGACAAUGGGGUCGCAGCUUUAGCACCUGGUAUGGGCUUUACUGGCCCAUUACAGGUGACAGGCGAACAAGAGCAAAAGAAGCAGCAACAGCCUCAUUUCUGGGUGAGUUCACCAACAGCAGCUCCAAAGUCUCCAUGCAACGCAGAUGAGUCAUCAUUGGAUAUGAGAAUACAUUCACCAGUGUCAAAGACUCCAAAUUCCCCAGACGAAUGGUCUGUUUCCUCUGAUGUAAUUCAGAACACUAAGGCUGAACUUCAUUCAGCAAAGGAUAGAACUAAUUUUGCCUUAAGAACACCUGAUGGCUCAUUGCAGGCAAAUAAUGAAUCAGAUAAAACUAACAAUGGAGAGAACCAGGCACAAGGACAGCAGGCAUCUGGCCUGGCCAGUUCAUCCAUUUGUACACAAACAGGGCAAACAACUGAUGAGUCCAAUGGUAAGCCUUGGAGUUUCAGAACUCCUCUAGAAAUGCCUAAGACUUUGAACGUACAAGAAAAGCCUGCGAACGAAAUGGAGGCGAAGCAGUCCCAACUGCACAUAAUGCAACACUCUUCACAGCAGCAGCAACAGCAGUUGCAACUGGUCCUGCAGCCACCACCUCAAAUGCAGCUUCUCCAACAACCGUUGCAGCAACUGCAGCAGGAACAGUUACAGCAACAGUUACAGCUUCUUCAGCAACAGCAGUUUCAUCAGUCGCCGCUACCACCACAGCAGCAGCAGAAUCAGGUGCCCUCUGCCUGGGAAGGUGCAUCUCAACCAAACCAGUUGGGAACAAUCAGUAUUCAGUUUGGGGCAGCACGCUUUGCACCUGGGCCUGGAAGUACUGUAUGGGGCUUCCAGGCAACUCCAAUUGUUUCUCAGACUUUAAUCAAUGGACCAAUUCAACAAGGACCUGUGCGGGCACAGCAGCAAUCUCCUGUAGUUACAGGCCCUCAGAUCCUCCUAAACCAAACCUCUCCGUUUAUCUCCCCACCGCUCCCUCUGCCGUCUCCCCUCGCUUUGCCUAGUCCUCACCCCAUGCAUACCGUAGCAGGGCAACUUCCAGGUCCAGCUUCUCAAGGCAUUUUCUUCACUCCGCAGGGCAUGGUGAGCGAGAGGCCAGUCGUGCCACAGGCCUUGCCCUCACCGCAUUUACCACAACGAACAGAAGCACACAAACCUGGCGGUCAAGUCCUGUUUGGCCCAGAUCGACGUUUUCAUUGCAUGGUCUGUGGAUGCACGUUACCCGGAGAGCUAGAAUUGCAAAUGCACUAUAUGCAACAUGCACAGGGAGAAAUAUGACUUUACAGCAAGUAAAGAAACCCACUUUACUAGUGUUUCUGUCUGCCCUUUAUGUAUACGUCUAUUGAGCUGCCAAUGAGACGAUUGUUGACGGAAUGCUUGUUGAUGUAUUUCCUCACUUGUGCAUUUGGGUUUGCUUGAGGUGUGGUAUUCCUCUUGAAGUGACUCCCAGUAAUUAGUCAGUUCAUGAUAAUACAUUUCCAGUUUCAAAACAGUUCAAUAUGUUGUUGAUGUCGUAACAAAAUCUUGUAUCUCUAAAGUGGUAACUUUUAUAAAAGGAGGAGAAAACAGUCUAUGAUGCACAAUAAUGUGAUGAUUUUAUUCCAGGUAAUUAUGAAUAAUAUCGCAUUCAUCAUGGAAUGAUCACACAAUACAAAGAGCAGCUUGCAUCUGCAAACCUAAAUAAAUAAAUAAAUAAGAGUGGAGAAAAAUUCUGAGACUUUGAUACGACAGUGACCAUAUACUGGUUUUAAUUAUUUAAGGGGCAUUCCGGCCUAAAUCUAGAAUUUAUGUUAUUUUUUUUGUGUAAUGUUGCAUUUCAUCUCUCAACUUCAUCAGUUUGAAAGAUAUUUACAAAUUUGUAUUCUUUGUUUUUCUAAUCCAUCAGUGUUCUCUGUCUACAAUAUUCAGCAUGCAUCGCACAAAUAUGUCGUACAACCAUUGGGAUAAUCCCCCCUCCCCAUGGUGAUAAAGUACACUGGUCUAAAGGCUAACCAGCGGGGCAACAUUUCAGGCAGUUCCUCCUCGUUUCUGCUCCAUAGCGGUUGUAGUUUUUCAAAAGUUCCUCUCAACUUCCUAGACUUUCCUAGUUUCCUAGGUUUUACAAGUCUUUAAACCAGAAUAUCUCACUCUCAGGACUACUGUGGCACCAUACUAGGAGGUGUGAAGACAGGAUGUAGCAAUGGUUACGUUUUUCAUUUUGGCUGGAUUGCCCCUUUGAUUGAAUAUAGUCACCUGAACUGAAAUAGAAUCGACUUGUACCCUAAUGUGUUACACUGUGCAAAGCAUUUUACUUCACCCAUAGCUACGUGUUUAUUAUCAAAAUAGUUUUUUGUGUAGUUUUUAAUACUUUUAAUAUUCCAAAUCAUAAUGUUUGGCAGUAUAUUUUUCUCUUCUGAAUCAGUGCUUAUGCUUAUAUGAUGCCUAUACAAAUGUUCUCAUACUGUAUGCACACAUUCUUAGACCAUGGGCUGUGUAGUUCUUUGUCAUCUGGUAAAUUUCCAUCACUUUCUCUACUGUCUUAUUUACUGUAUAGCAUUUUGUGUCAAAUCUCUGAAACAUUGAGCGUCACACAGUUUGUGCUAUUCAC